AUGCUGAGGAAAGACGAACUACCCCGUCAAGGAGCUUCGUUCGGAGAACUACUCAUCAUUUCGAUGCCCCGUUUGGCCAUCCGAAUGGCGCUGGCGGCGCAAUGGGCGGCAUUUGGACCUUACUUACGGACAAUGCUACCUCGCUACGCCGUACAGUUGACACAACUCAGUGGACCGCUUCUAGGCGUGUUGAUGUCACCAAUUGUCGGGGUGUACUCGGACCAAAGCACUUCGAGAUUUGGACGUCGUCGCCCGUACCUUGUUGUAUCGGCAGUCGGGAGUAUUAUCUGCUGGGUGCUUAUGGGCUUCACACGAGAGUUGGGAGACGCGCUGGGUGAUGUCGGAUCUGGAAAACCUGGUGAAGUGACAGAUCGCAAAUGGACUGCUCUACUCACCGUGGUCUUCUACCUUGGGAUGGAGAUUGCUAUCCACAUCUCGCUCAUCCCAGCGCUACUGUUGAUAUCGGACUUUGCUGGUAGACGGCAGACCCUCGGGUCAGCAAUGGGCCACGGAUGGUCGACACUGGGCGCGAUUGUGGUGGCUGCAUACACAGAAUUCUUUGGAGCCGCGUACAACUCAAUGCACUGGUUCUUGGGAAUGCUGUCAGUCUUUAUGGCAGUUUGUGUUGGAGCGUCAUGCUACGUGGCCAAAGAGAUCCCACUGGAUAAACAGACGAUGGACAAGCGAAGUUGCUGUAAGAAUGUGACCUUCGCCUUUGGCUCGAUCUACGGUGCAGUCAAGACGCUGCCAGGUGUGCUGGCGGUGUAUUGCACUGUGAUUUUCCUGAAUCAGUACGCCUUCACAGCCUACAACGGCAACAAAGGAAUGUUCUUCGGUCUCGAGGUCUUCAAUGGAGACGCGACCAACUCUGCGACUUGUGGCAACGAGUGCUCGGAGGAACAGCUGGACUAUAACCGAGGUGUUCGACUCGCUGAGGGCCUCGCUGAUAUGCUCUUUUGUAUCGUCGGAUACCUGUACUCGUGGGUUCUUCCUCCGCUGGUGCGUCGCUUUGGAGCUCAAAAGAUUGCAACACUUGCAACAAUUCCUCAGGUGUUGCUGAUGUUCAUGGCAUUCUGCGACGUUGUGGCACUGGAUGUGAUCAUUGUGGCUCUCACGUCCAUCACUAUCAGCACGUUCUUCGCACUGAUAGUGCCGAUCACAUAUUUGGUCACACCGCCGACAUUGGUGUAUAUAAGCAAGCGGGGGCCGAGUUCUACGACGGCAAGGAGCGGCGUGAAUCUAAUGCAGGAGACUCAUGUGACUGGGCGCACGUUGCGUGAUCAAAGCAAGCACAGCCUGAACUACAUGCUGGUGACGCUGGGCAUUGAGAAGGAUGACGACAGCGAUGAAGACUUCGUCCUGGACUACAUGGAGGAAGACAAUGAAGAAGAAGAAGAAGAUCUCCCCUUCUCGGUGUCUGACGCUGAAAUCACGCAAAAAGCCGGUAAGACGUUCGGAUUCCUCCCCCAACGACGGAAACACCAGAAACAGAAUCGCAAUGCCGAAAGUGUGUCGAAGUCGACGCGCACGAUCGAUACCCAGCCAAGACAGGGCAACCAGAAACGCGCGACCGACACACAGCAUGAUGGGCCAUUACCAAAGCAACAAAAGAAGGACACGUUGUACGAACCAUUCAACGGAGGGGAUAGCGGGUAUGAUGAAAACGUUGGUGAGUACGAUCCACGGAUGCGUGCGAGUGCGCACCUAGAAGAGUGGACGUACAAAACCUACCGCUGUACACAUGGUGUUUCACAAGAAUCUCGAUCUAAGGGCCAUCGUAACCGCAAAUCACGAUACUGCGGGUGCCAAGCGCGGUUAACUGCCGCAGUAUCACGAGUUGUGAGCAACACGUAUGCGAUUGUCAUACGAAACGAGAACCACACGCAUACGCACCCCACCUCCCAGACUGAAGCUUCAUCGUAUCUCACAACAAAGACGCUACCUCUGGAUGACCGAGAUCUUGAGGACGUGACGACUUUGGCUGAUGCCCGCGUGUCCUCUGCGCACAUUACCAAUUUCCUGAAUGAUCGCAUCGGUGCGUGGGGGAAAAUUGCUGCAAAGUGUACUGUGCCAUUGCAUCACCUCAUCAUGUGGACGCGAUACACUCCCGAUCUUAAAUAUGUGCUCGAGAUAAUGGAGAAGUACCCUAUUCAACUGGACGAUGCCUAUCUGAGGUCCCGUACAAUCGACUGCCAAUGGGAAGCAAUCCUGCCGUCUAAGUACAUGCACAACUUCGUGAUUCCGGCUGAUCUCACGCGUUCAAUGCAGGCUGCGAUUACAACUACAAGAAGCGAGCAGCGACAACAUGAUGCACUGGAUGACAGCGUGAAAAAACACGGAAUUGUCCUUGACGUUGUUGCGUCUAUCGAUCCAAAGCUUUGGAAGUUCAGCGGCCGGUAUAUCCAUGCUUCAGCGGUUUUCUACGACAUCAAGGCGAAGGGAAGAGCGUGGUUUAAAGACCGCAAGUGGCUAGAGCAGGAUUGGAGAAAAGUCAAGUCGGAUGUUGAUCUUUUCGCUCGGCAAGCGAACAUUUGUGGACUGUCAGCGAAUGAUGUCUGCGAUCGCCACCAAGCUCUAGCAAACGAGGAAUACCAAAAAAUCAAAAUGACGAGAGCAGUGAAGAAAGAGAAGGCCUUCGUGGUAGUCGCACAAGCUCAUAACUAUCUCACUAGGAAUGUGGAGCAGCAGAACUACGGGGUAUCCAGUCAUGACAUCAAGGUAAUGCGGUUGAGGAUGCUGUGGGUUAUCAUGAACCUCAAUAAAGAGAAUAUUGUGAACAGCUCCGAUGCACUUAUGGCGAAGGAGAUUCAACAAAAGCUAGAAGACGAGCUCAAAUAG